AUUACAUAUAUAUAUUUAUAUAAAUCGAAAUUCGAAUCCAUGGACAUCAAUUUCAUCAAAUCCGGCGGCGACGACGAUCAGAUGGAGAUGAUGAUGCUGAUGCAGAUGGACAAGCUCCCGGACCUCGCCGCCACCUACGAGGUCCCGACAAUGGAGUUCGGAAGACCAAAUAAUAAUAAUAAUAAUAAUAUUAAUAACACCAUAUCCUUUUCCGGCGACUCGCCGCCGCUGCAUCCCGCCGGCGGGAGGUGGAAAAUGCAGGACUACGACUCACCGGCGGCGGCGGCGGCUCAGAAGCCGAACUCGAUGGCGGCUAUGCGCGAAAUGAUCUUCCGAAUAGCCGCAAUGCAGCCGAUCCACAUCGACCCCGAAGCCGUCAAGCCGCCGAAGCGGCGCAACGUCAAGAUCUCGACGGACCCCCAGAGCGUGGCGGCGCGCCACCGCCGGGAAAGGAUUAGCGAGCGGAUUCGGAUUCUGCAGAGACUCGUCCCCGGCGGCACGAAGAUGGACACGGCGUCGAUGCUCGACGAGGCUAUUCAUUACGUCAAGUUUUUGAAGAAUCAGGUGCAGUCUCUGGAGCGCGUUGCCGCCGCGCGCCCGCCGGCGCCGCCGCCGGGAAUCGGGUUUCCGGUGCCGAUGUCCAGCGGGAGUUACUUUCCGGCGGCUGCUAAAGGCGGCUACCAUCACCCGCCGCCGCCGAAUGAUCAAUUUUUAGAUUCGUGAAAUAGCGUCGCGGCGGCGCGCCGCCGCCGCCGCCGUUUGGUGUAAUGUAAAAUUAAUUUUGAGAGAUCGGUCCCUUAGUGUAUUUUUCGAGGGAUUAAUUAAUUAAAUUGUGGCAUUUUGUAUGUCCUAAUCAAAUGAUUGUCACCAAUUUUAUUGUUAUUAUUAUUAUUAU